AACCUGAGGGGCGAGGCGCGGGCGCGCGCUGGGUGCGGUGUUCCCGCCCGCCGCGAAGGCUGAGCGUUCACUACCUGGAGCAAGCCGGUCAGCCACAACUCAGUAAUGCUAUAAGAAAAUAUUUGAAUGGAAGAAACCACAUCAUAUACUGUUUUAGUACUUCAUGUGAUGAAUGCUCAGCCAAUCAGAGCCUCACAAAGUUAACUCCUGGGUCCUCCUGCCACAUAUUUUAAAGAUUACUACUUACAUACUUACGGAUGAAAUUAUCUGAUUGGAAUUUAUUUCAAAAUAACCCAAAGGACAGGGUUGAUAUUAAAAUUGAAAGUUUAUUGGAUAUUAGAAAUUGAAUGUAAUGGCAACAGAAUUUAUCAAGAGUUGUUGUAGAGGAUGUCUCUAUGGUGAAACAGAAAAGCAGAAGAUUUCUGUGGGAAGAGACUUUGAAGUAUCAGUCUCAAAUAGCCCAAGAACUGCUAUCUGUGUACCUCCAUUGGCCGCUACUUCUGUAAAGCCCCAGGUUGGCUGUACUGAGGACUACUUGCUCUCCAGGUUACCAUCUGAUGGCAAAGACGUUCCAUUUGUGGUGCCCAAGUUUAAGUUAUCUUAUAUUCAGCCCAGGACACAAGGACCUCAUCCACCUCUGGAAGAACUUGAAGGAUCUGCCAGAGCAUCUUUUGGAGAUCGAAAGGUAGAACUUUCCAGUUCAUUACAGCAUGGUUCCAGCUAUGAUGUGUACAAUCCCUUCUACCUGUAUCAGAGCAUCUCACCUGACUUGAGCCGGCGCUUCCCUCCUCAUUCAGAAGUGACAAGACUAUAUGGGUCAGUUUGUGAUUUAAGGACCAGCAAGCUUCCUGGUUCCCCUGGGCUAAGCAAAUCUAUGUUUGAUCUUACAAGUUCAUCUCAGAGAUUCACCCAGAGACAUGACUCACUGUCCAGUAUACCUAGUAGUUCUUCUUCAAGAAAAAACUCUCAAGGCAGUAACAGAAGCCUGGAUACAAUUACUCUAUCAGGAGAUGAAAGAGAUAUUGGGAGAUUGAAUGUGAGAUUGUUUUAUAAUUCUUCAGUAGAUCAGAUCUGGAUCACAGUUCUCCAGUGUAGGGAUUUAUGCUGGCCUGCUAGUUACGGAGAUGCUCCCACCAUCUGUGUAAAAGGAGUUCUAACAUUGUCCAAGCCAGUGCAUUUCAAGUCCUUGGCUAAGGAGGCUUCCAAUGUUAUUGAAUUUAUGGAAACUUUUGUAUUUUCUAUUAAACUACAAAAUUUGCAAACUGUGAGACUGGUAUUUAAGAUUCAAACCCAGACUCCCAGAAAGAAAACCAUUGGAGAAUGUUCCCUAUCACUCAGAACUCUUAGCACACAGGAAAUGGAUUACUGUUUGGAUAUUAUACCACCUUCAAAGAUUUCUGUGUGCCAUGCGGAACUUGAAUUGGGAACUUGUUUUCAGGCAAUAAACAGUAGGAUUCAGCUACAAAUUCUUGAGGCACAGUACCUUCCAAGCUCAUCAACACCUCUGACUUUGAGUUUUUUUGUGAAAGUGGGAAUGUUUAGCUCAGGAGAAUUGAUUUAUAAGAAGAAGACACGCUUGCUGAAGGCCUCCAGUGGGAGAGUGAAGUGGGGAGAAAGUAUGAUUUUCCCACUCAUACAGACUGAAAAGGAAAUUGUUUUUCUCAUUAAGCUUUAUAGUCGAAGCUCUGUAAGAAGAAAACAUUUUGUAGGCCAGAUCUGGAUAAGUGAAGACAGUAACAACAUGGAAGCAGUGAAACAAUGGAAAGAAACGAUUACAAAUCCAGAAAAGGUUGUUAUCAAGUGGCACAAAUUAAAUCCGUCUUGAAGACUUCACACAUUAAUUUGGUGAAGAAGCGACUUCAUAUUCACUUAGAAGAUUUAUGAUUUCCAUUUUGCUAGAAUUCUUAGUUAAUUUGAUCAGAUAUCCAAAGAGAGGAAAUGCUUUAAAAUGGUGCCAACAUAGACAAUAAAAUGAAAAGGUAGUAUCAGUAGGAUAUUAAACAUUUUACAAAGUCAUGAAAAUAUCCACAAUGGAUAGGUAUUUCUAGAUGGUUUUUGCUUUGUUUCUUUUGCUUAAAAUUUCAAAAUGUAGUAUAUCAAAUCCCUAUCAGUGCCAUUAAGCAUUUAGAAAACUUCACCACUAUUUUUUUUGCUAGGCACAUUGACUGGAUUUUGGUUCCACUGUUGACAUCUUCCUGCAAAAUGAACCAUUUUUUUAUAUUUGGAGAAAGUUUGUACCCUGUGUUUAUAACUUCUUUCUCAUAAGAUAUAUACUUUCAUUUUAUAUAUACUGCUUCAAGAAAUUUCAGAAAAUUUUUGGAAACUUAACGUUUUUUACAAGAAUAAUGGAAGUGUAUUUAGACCCAGAAUAUGUACAUUUUCUUGAUUCCCUCCUUCAGUUAUGAUAUAGUUCAUCCUAGUUGGUAAUUUAAAUUGAAAUUUUAACAUUGUAUGAAUUUUUUUUUUUUUUGU